GUACCAAUGUCCCAUCACGUGUGUGUGUGUGUGUGUGUGUGUGUGUGUGUGUGUGUGUGUGUGUGUGUGUGUGUUUCUCACAGACCACACCAGAAGAAUUCAAAGGUUACCAGAUCUGUACAGAAGCAUCAAACAGAGCUGAUCAAGAGGGCUGAGGAGAACGCACACGCUUUUCAAGACAAGGAGAUGAAGAAGCACAGGAGGUAUCAGGCCUCAGAGGACCCACAAUGCUCAGAGAGUCAGAGGGAGGAGGAGGAGUUGGAUGGUAAGAAGGAGCAGAGGAGGCGCGCCAUAGAGGGAGUGGCGGACAUCACAAAGCUCUGCCUGACGGAGAUGAACCAGGAGGAACUGGCCGACACACCGUGGGGCAGGGAGCUUGGAAGGAUCCGUUCUAAAUUUGUGGAUAAAGUCUCAGACCCAGUUAUCAAAGGUCUCCUGGAUGACCUUUGGCAGCAGAAGGUGUUCAGUACUGAGGAAAAGGACUCUGUGAUGGAGGGCCAGACGAUCAGAGCAGACCAAGCACGUUGUCUGAUCGACAUGGUGAUGGGGAAAGGGGAGAGAGCAAGUCAAGCGAUGAUUGAUAGUAUGAAGAAGAGGGACCAACACUUAUGCUCCACCCUGGGUCUGAUGUCGCCUCCUGCUGGUGUGGGAUGUGCUGCUGUCGAGUGCCAACAUAAAAUCAAGUCUCAUUUAAAGGAGAAUUCCUGCUGUGUGUUUGAGGGAAUUGCUAAACCAGGACAUUCAACACUUCUGAAUGACAUCUACACAGAGCUCUACAUCACAGAGAGAGGCAGUGGAGAGGUCAACAAAGAACAUGAGGUCAGACUGAUUGAAACAGCUUCCAGAAAAUCAGCCAAGGAAGGAACACCAAUCAAAUGUGAGGACAUCUUCAAACCCUUACCUGGAAAAUAUAAACCAAUCAGGACAAUAAUGACAACUGGAGUGGCUGGCAUUGGUAAAACCAUCUUAACACAAAAGUUCACUCUGGACUGGGCUGAAGACAAAGCCAACCAAGACAUACACUUCACGUUUCUCUUCACUUUCAGAGACCUGAAUUUACUAAAAGAGAAAGAGUAUAGCUUGGUGGAACUUCUUCAUCAUUUCUUUAUUGAGACCAAAGAAGCAGGAAUCUACAGAUAUGAACCGUUCCAAGUUGUCUUCAUCUUGGAUGGACUGGAUGAGUGUCGACUUCCAUUGGACUUCCAGAAGAACCCGAUCUGGACUGAUGUCACGAAGUCCACCACGGUGGACGUGCUGCUGACAAACCUCAUCAGGGGCAAACUACUUCCCUCUGCUCACAUCUGGAUAACCACACGCCCUGCGGCAGCCAAUCGGAUCCCUGCUGAGUGUGUUGACAUGGUGACAGAGGUGAGAGGGUUCACCGACCAACAGAAGGAGGAAUACUUCAGGAAGAGAUUCAGAGAGGAGACGAUGGCCAACACAAUCAUGUCCCACAUAAAGAAAUCAAGAAGCCUCCACAUCAUGUGUCACAUCCCAGUCUUCUGUUGGAUCACUGCUACAGUUCUGGAGGACUUCUUCAAAAAAUCCCAGGUAGGAGAAGAGACGCCCAAGACCUUGACUCAGAUGUACAGCCACUUCCUAAGGGUUCAGUCCAUACAGGGGGAAAAGAAGUAUCAUGGGAGAGCUGAAACAGAUCAACACUGGAGUCCAGAGAGCAGGAAGAUCAUUGUUUCUCUGGGAAAACUGGCUUUUAAGCAGCUGGAGAAAGGCCACCUGAUCUUCUACGAAGCAGACCUGGCAGAGUGUGACAUCGAUAUCGGAGCAGCCGCAGUGUACUCAGGAGUGUUCACCCAGAUCUUUAAAGAGGAGCGCGGGAUGUACCAGGACAUUGUGUUCUGCUUUGUCCACCUGAGCAUCCAGGAGUUUCUGGCUGCCCUUUAUGUCUUUAUGUCAUUCAUCGACACUGGGGUCAAUCUGCUCUCAGGACAACCACAAUUCCUCUGGUCUAUUUUUUCUAGAAACAAAGGAAAUGUCAAACUCUACCAGAGUGCUGUGGACAAGGCCUUACAGAGUGAGGACGGACGCCUGGACUUGUUCCUCCGCUUCCUCCUGGGCCUCUCUCUGGAGACCAAUCAGAUUGUCCUAAAAUGUCUGCUGGGAAAGACAGUAAGUAGCUCAAAAACCAGUAAGAAAAUGGGCUCGUACAUUAAGAAGAAGAUAGGUGGAGAUCUCUCUACAGAGAAAAUAAUCAAUCUGUUCCACUGUCUGAAUGAGCUAAAUGACCGUUCUCUAGUGGAGGAGAUCCAACAGUACCUGACAUCAGGAAGACUCUCCAAAGAAUCUCUCUCUCCUGCUCAGUGGUCAGCUCUGGUCUUCAUCUUACUGUCGUCAGAAGAGGAGCUGGACGUGUUUGACCUGAAUAAAUACUCUGCUACAGAGAAGGGUCUUCUGAGGCUGCUGCCAGUGGUCAAAGCCUCCAAAACAUCUCUGCUGAAUGGCUGUGGUCUGUCAGAGAGAUGCUGUGAAGCUCUGGCCUCAGUUCUCAGCUCCACCUCCUCUAGUCUGAGAGAGCUGGACCUGAGUACCAAUGAUCUGCAGGAUCCAGGAGUGAAGCUGCUCUCUGCUGGACUGGGGAGUCCACACUGUACACUGGAAACUCUAAACUUGAAAGGCUGUCAGCUGUCAGAGGGAUGCUGUGAAGCUCUGGCCUCAGUUCUCAGCUUGGACUCCUCUAGUCUGAGAGAGCUGGACCUGAGUACCAAUGAUCUGCAGGAUUCAGGAGUGAAGCUGCUCUCUGCUGGACUGGGGAGUCCACACUGUACACUGGAAACUCUCAGCCUCAAUGGCUGUCAUCUGUCAGAGAAAUGCUGUGAAGCUCUGGCCUCAGUUCUCAGCUCCAAGUCCUCUAGUCUGAAAAAGCUGGAACUGAGUACCAAUGAUCUGCAGGAUUCAGGAGUGAAGCUGCUCUCUGCUGGACUGGGGAGUCCAAACUGUACACUGGAAACUCUCAGCCUCAAUGGCUGUGAUAUGUCAGAGAGAUGCUGUGAAGCUCUGGCCUCAGUUCUCAGCUCCAACUCCUCUAGUCUGAGAGAGCUGGACCUGAGUACCAAUGAUCUGCAGGAUUCAGGAGUGAAGCUGCUCUCUGCUGGACUGGGGAGUCCAGACUGUACACUGGAAACUCUCAGUUUGAAAGGCUGUCAUCUGUCAGAGAGAUGCUGUGAAGCUCUGGCCUCAGUUCUCAUCUCAGACUCCUCUAGUCUGAGAGAGCUCGACCUGAGUAACAAUGAUCUGCAGGAUUCAGGAGUGAAGCUGCUCUCUGCUGGACUGGGGAGUCCACACUGUACACUGGAAACUCUCAGGCUGAAUGACUGUAAUCUGUCAGAGAGAUGCUGUGAAGCUCUGGCCUCAGUUCUCAGCUCCAAGUCCUCUAGUCUGAGAGAGCUGGAUCUGAGUACCAAUGAUCUACAGGAUUCAGGAGUGAAGCUGCUCUCUGCUGGACUGGGGAGUCCACACUGUACACUGGAAACGCUCAGGUUGAAUGGCUGUCGUCUAUCAGAGAGAUGCUGUGAAGCUCUGGCCUCAGUUCUCAGCUCCAACUCCUCUAGUCUGAGAGAGCUGGACCUGAGUACCAAUCAUCUGCAGGAUUCAGGAGUGAAGCUGCUCUCUGCUGGACUGGGGAGUCCACACUGUACACUGGAAACUCUCAGCCUCAAUGGCUGUCAUCUGUCAGAGGGAUGCUGUGAAGCUCUGGCCUCAAUUCUCAGCUCCAACUCCUGUAGUCUGAGAGAGCUGGACCUGAGUACCAAUGAUCUGCAGGAUUCAGGAGUGAAGCUGCUCUCUGCUGGACUGGGGAGUCCACACUGUACACUGGAAACUCUCAGGCUGAAUAGCUGUCACCUGUCAGAGAGAUGCUGUGAAGCUCUAGCCUCAGUUCUCAGCUCCAACUCCUCCAGUCUGAGAGAGCUGGACCUGAGUACCAAUGAUCUGCAGGAUUCAGGAGUGAAGCUGCUCUCUGCUGGACUGGGGAGUCCACACUGCAAACUGGAAACUCUCAGCUUGUCUGGCUGCCUGGUCACACAGGAAGGCUGUGCUUCUCUGGCCUCAGCUCUGAGCUCCAACCCCUCCCAUCUGAGAGAGCUGGACUUGAGCUACAAUCACCCAGGAGACUCUGGAGCUGCGCUGCUCUCUGCUGGACUGGAGGAUCCACGCUGGAGACUGGACACUCUCAGGUAUGGAGAGGACAGCUCACCGCUCAGGGACAAAGUCUCCUUCAAGGAUUCAAGCUGCUGCUGGUUGAAGUGUGUGGAGCACGUUGGAGCGUGGAGGCUGAAACCAGCACUAAAGAAGUAUGCCUGUGAACUCACACUGGACCCAAACACAGCCAACAGACGACUCUCUCUGUCUGAGGACAAAAGAAAGCUGACGCGGGUUGGAGAGGACCAGUCGUAUCCUGAACACCCAGAGAGAUUUGACCUCUGGCCCCAGGUGUUGUGUAGAGAGGCUCUGACUGGCCGCUGUUACUGGGAGGUAGAGCGAGAAGGACCUGUUUGGAUAGGAGUGACAUACAGAGGAAUCCCAAGGAGAGGACAGGGUGGUGACAGCGGGCUUGGAGAGAACAACAAGUCCUGGAGUCUUGAUUGUGAUGAUGAUGGUUACUAUGCCCGGUACAACAAUAGAGAGACAGACAUACCUCUCCCCCCCGCUGGCUUUACCAGAGUAGGAGUGUAUCUGGACCAGCCUGCUGGCACUCUCACCUUCUACAGAGUGUCCCCAGGUGGAGGAGGGUCCUCAGACAUACUGACACACAUCCACUCCUUCCAGUCCACCUUCACCCAGGAGGACCUCCUCCCUGGGUUUAGGUUAUGUGCAUUGUUGGAUGGGGCCUCAGUGUCUCUGUGUAAGUUAUAGUCUCUCUCUCUCUCUCUCUCUCUCUCUCUCUCUCUCUCUCUCACUCUCACUCUCACUCUCUCACUCUCUCCCCCGCGCGGCCAUGGCCCGACGGUCGCCGUGCUGGCGGCGGUGUGAAGGCAGCUUAAGAUAUCUACAAGAGAUUGUAGUAAGGAACUGACCGCUUUAUUUAGACUCUCUACUCUCAUAACAUCACAGUCAGGGUGGCUCAUAUAUUUUAUCUUCCUCUGCCUUAAUGUAUGUAAUUUGGUUACAGUAGUGAUAUUUUGGCCAGGAAUAAAAAAGUAUAUA